AUGUUUUCAGUCUGUCGACAGUUUUAUUUCAAGAAAAUCAUCUUACCCAUCGGAUAUAAGAGAGCGCUUCAUCAUGGGUCAAAACAGACGAAUGAAAAAGUAAAAUUAAGAGAACCUUUCUCUGUUGUCCCUGGGAAUUCGCCUAAAACCGCUUCGAAUGGCGAGGACGCCUUCAGUUUUCUGAAGAAUGACGCCAACGUUUUUAUCCAUGGUGGCGCAGCGACACCUACAAUACUUAUUGCGGAAUUUUAUAACUAUGUAAUGGCUAAGAAGCUGAAGAAUAUAACGGCUUAUCAUAUUCACACAGAAGGACCCUUCCCUAUUAUCAAUCCUGAAGCAAGUGGUCAUUUCCGAUCCGUAUCACUCUUUACAGGCGGCAAUUGCAGAGACCCAAUCAAAAGUGGAAGAGCCGAUUAUGUUCCAAUAUUUCUAAGUGAAAUUCCAUUCCUUUUUCGCAGAGGUUUAAUAAAGCUGGACUUAGCAUUACUGAACGUCAGUCCUCCAGAUGUUAACGGGUAUUGUUCUCUUGGUCCAAGUGUAGAUAUUACCCGUUCUGCUAUUGAGUCUGCUAAAUAUCUCGUUGGUCAAAUAAAUCCAAGUUUACCGGUCACUUCAGGAGAUGCCCAUGUACACAUAAGUAACUUCACGUCAGUUAUCCAUGGAGAUAUGGUUUGUCACUAUAUGGAGCCGCGACAAAUGACCGAGGUUGAAGAUAAGAUUGGAGCAUUAAUUGCGGAUAAUCUGAUAGAUGAUGGUGCUACUCUACAAACAGGUAUUGGAGCAAUUCCAGAUUCAGUCUUAGCUAAGCUUUCCAACCGUCGAAACUUAGGAGUUCAUACCGAAAUGUUCUCAGAUGGUAUUGUUAAACUAGUUGAAUCUGGUGUUAUAACAAAUACAAAUAAGAUCGUUCGCCCAGGGAAAGUUGUCACGAGCUUUGUCAUUGGUACAGAAAAAGUUUUCAAAUUUUUAGAUAAUAACCCAUUUAUUGAAUUUCGUGAUGUAGCUUGGGUUAAUUCACCUUAUGUAAUAGCCCGAAACCCUAAACCAGUUGCCAUCAAUUCCUGUGUCGAAGUUGACCUCACUGGUCAGAUUGUAUCCGAUUCUAUUGGUAGUAGAAUCUACUCAGGAUUUGGUGGUCAGGUUGACUUUAUCCACGGAGCCGCAAUAGCUGAAGAUGGUCAAGGCAAACCUAUAAUUGCUCUUCCAUCUUCAACAAAACGUGGUGAAAGUAAAAUUUGUUCACAUAUUAAACCUGGUGCUGGUGUUGUAACGUCUCGAGCCCAUGCUCAUUAUGUUGUCACAGAAUAUGGUAUCGCCUAUUUGUUUGGACGUAGUUUAAGGCAACGUGCACAUGCUCUUAUUCAAAUUGCUCAUCCAGAUCACAGAGAAGCAUUAGAAAAGGCAUCAUUCGAACAACUCAAAGUAAUGCCAUCACCUGAUUGA